UUCACGUUUAUUUACAAUUCCUUUCUGUUCUUGAAAUUCUUUAAAUCCUUUUUCCUCCGGAACACUCUAAAUUACUUUAAUUCAUGAAAAUAACAUUUAUGAUGACAGGUUUCCAAAUAUUCUAAAAAUCAACGAGUCAUUGAGAGGAGAGCACACUUCGUCAGAUAACUUGUCUGAUUCGCGAAGCAGGCGUGAGAAUAAAUGAAUGAAAUAAGGAGGGUGGUAGCAGGCACCCUUCCGGUAUUCACCCCAGGGCACUUAAGUUAGAAAGGCUCAUUGUCCGCUCCUUCUCAUUAGAUGCCACCUAGCAGUUCCAUCGACCCUACCUAGUAACAAUACUGUGGAUGCUUUUUUUCUUCCUCCUCCUUGUGAUCUGUAGCUGCAGGAAACACUAGCAGCGGAUUGCACGCCUCGGUGUCUGCUCUAAUCCCGGCCAUGAUUAUACCCGAAAGACAAUACUUUCGUCCGUGUGAAACGCUGGACAACAUUACUGUUGAGCUGCUUCAGUUAACACCUUCGAGAGUCACUGAGUCGCUAAUUUAUUUCUUUAAGCAAUUUAGGUUUUUGAACGGCAAAACAUCACGUAUAAUGUUGGUAGAAGGCAAAGGCGUUGGUGAACAAUUAAAUUUUUAUUUUUUUUAAAUUAAAUUUUUAUUUACACUGUUAACUUCUUAUCAAAUUAAACUUUAAAUUGAUACCGAUUUAUUAUUUCAGUUUGCUAAUGGAUAUACAUAUUAAAAUUUUAUCACGUGAACUCUUAAAACACUCCUGAAGUCGUAUGUCAACAGAUUGCCCAAACUUAUAAUCAAAUUUAAUUGGGACCCUCAAUCAGAUCGAUGUCACUGGUAUUUGUUAUCGUUCAGGAUUAAUUCAAAUAUACAACGUGAAGUGUGAUGUUUAAAUGUUCUAUCAUGCAAAGGUAUUACUCUUUUUAUUAGACUUUUGAUACAUAGAUUAUAUAUGAUUUUUUUAUUCAAGUUAAAAAUGAAUAACUGAUUUAUACCACCAUCUAAAGCUGUAAAUUACGUGUAAUUGAGGUAGUGUCAAUUUCAUUAAUGAUUUUUAUUCACACACCGUUCUGACAGUAUGUAAUAGGAGGCACAGUACACAAUGCAAGACGUAAUUAUUGAGUUUACUCGAUCGUGGUCUCGUAUAACAGGCUGGUAUUGUAAGGACUGUUGAAAAACGUAACGCACGCUCGUAAAUUCAUCGCUUUCAUGGUACACGAUAUGCGAGCGAAGAAAACGUUGAUUGUAAAUGUUCCAAGGGCGGCCGUGAGUUACGUAUGGUUGAUCCUUUUUAUUUCAACAUAACUUACGGGGAGAGUCGUUAACACUUUGAAAACCGAUUGUUAACAGCGAUUUUACAUGCUCUCCUUCCACUUUAAAUUUUAAUAUGCUCGGUUUUAGAUAGUAUUCAAAUUUAUAAAAUUCUUUAGAAGUAUUACUAGAUGCCUUUUAACAAUUACGAUUUCAAAUUCAAAUAUUUUCCCGUGCUUCAUUAUACAUUCGAAAUGCUGUCGGUAACUCAGGGGGAUUGUUACUUGAAAAUUAAUUUAUAAAAUUGUUUAAAGACAAUGUAAACUCUCUAUAAAAUACUAUUAUAUAAUUAAACGUGCAGUACUUGGAAAUAAAUUAUUACAAAUUAUAGUUGAUGAUGGUAAAGGAGAGCAAAUUAUUGAUUAUUAAAAUUAUCUAUUAAUUAUAUUUUUUUCCAAAACCAUUAAUUAUUAUUGCGACUGUAUUGUGUGCGUGUAGGGAGAAACAUUUAAAUAAUUUCACUAGUUUCCAAUUGCCUUUCAUUGGAUCGGAGAAACUGCUCUAUAAUUUAACGCUCUGGUUGGCGCGUGUGUUCCUGACAAGAAAUAUGCAAAUUUAUUAGACCAAUUGCACGAUUCUAACGAGGGGUUUUAAGGUAUAAUUACCAGUGUCCUGUCGAUGUUUGAAUAAAUCGACUGACUGGAAGAAUCUAUAAUAUCAGUCGUUUUAUUCGCUUGCAAAAAUUAUCAUUUUACGUUUUAGAAAGAAAAUUUGUUUUUAUCCAAUUAAAGAAAUUAAUUUGAUCAAAUAAUACUUUUCACUUUUAAAAGAGAACAAAUAUUUUUACUCCAUUAGAAUUCCAACAGGAAUUUUUUUAAAGCUUCCAAACGUUUAUCCUAUUGAUAAUCUUUUAAUUAAUCGGCUCUAAUAUUUAUUCCCGAUCGUGAAACAAAAAAAAAGAUGAAGAUCUAAGGGAUAAGUCUCUGGAUUUAUCGAGGAUAGAAGAGAGUUUGGGCCUAAAAAAAAGGGUGCUGUUAAUUAAGGAGAGCGAUUACACGUAACGGUAUAAUUAAGAGGAAGAAAGAGGAAUUAGAGUCGGUAGUACGGCAAAUGAACGAUUCUACCGGUAAGGCAUUAAUCGAACAUGCCAGGAACACGGCUCGUUUAACGAGAUAUAAUAUAUUCACCUCGCAACGCGUUCAUAAAGUUUCAGCUUUGUUUUAAAUUUUAAAUUAGUUACUUCAAUAUGAGAAAAAAAGCUAAUUAAUAGUUUAGUAAUGGAUACAGCGUUAUCCUUGUAAAUAUAACGAAAGAAAAAGUGUUAACAAUAACGACGUUGUUUGAAUAAUUGAUGGUGUUUAGUAACUAAUUAUAUAUUAAACAAUGUAUCGCGUAACAAUGGACGGAACAGCCUGAGAAUGAACUCGUUCAGUUAGUCGACUAGAACGUGUUUACAUGUAAAACAAGUGGUUUAUCGUGUUCACCGAUGUGAGCAAGAGUUCUGCCUUUCUUACUAAUGACCCAGCUUCAUUCCGAAGGGAGACUACUUUUAAAGCCGAUAAUUGUAUCCAUAUUUUUUUUCUUAGGAAGACUUACCCAUUCUAUUCUAUUAGUUACUGGUAAAUACUUGCUAAAUUAAUAUAUUUCAUCCUUUUUAAAUUUUUUGAUACUAACAUUCUAUAAUUUGAAAAUUUCAGAAUUCCAAGAUUUCAAAGGGAUCUGGUCCACCCCUCCAAAAAAAUCCUCGUCGCACCAAUGGUAAUUUUUAAUUUAAAUUAAAAUUUAAAUUAUUUGCUUCACAUUCAUAAAAAAAGCCUACCAACCCUACCAAAAGCUUACUUCCUCCUAUUCUACGUUACAUCCGCUUCGCCCCCCCGUAUCAUUGUCCAAAUUCUCCCCAAAAAGAGAACCUUGAAGCAAUGUACGCCAAAAAACCAGCCCUUCCCCGAAAUCGCCCGAAGGAGUAAGGAAGAGUGAACGAUAGGGGGAGAGAAAAGUCGAAUCGAAAUGGCGCUGGGUCCUUGGGGAAAGAAGGGGUUGCAUUCGGGCAGGAAAAAAAGAGCUGCUAAUUGACACGAGCGAUUGCACGUAACGGUAUAAUUAGAGAGAAGAAUACGGAGCCUGGACCGGUGCACCGAUGAACCAAUGAACCUCACUGAGGCUAGAGGGGAGGGAGAGGAACAGAAGAAAGGAGGCAAAGGGAAGCAAGGGAGAGAAACCAGCCGGCGGGUUCUACGUCGAGGGUAGUGAUGGGUGUUCAAGUUUACAAGUUGAAGCAAUUCAAGUUGACACUUAUUGAUUCGAUUAAAAAAUUCAUAAUUCUACAAUGUACGUAAACUGAUACUCUUAUUUUAGAGAACGAGGAUAUCGAAACGUUUCCGCUUUCUCCGAUCCGACUGAAGGGGUUAGGCCACUCUGGAGGAAGAAAAAAUAUGCAUAUUUUAGGAAUUUUUUUUUAAUGGCCUGACCCCUGAAGCAAACGCAUGACCCAAGCACGUAAUAGUUUGGUCCAUAAUUAUCAAAGAGCCACGGGCCAAUUAUAUCCCCUGGAUGACCAGUUUUCGCCACGUUUCAAAGCUACUCGAGCCGCGUUGAGGCCAUCACUAGUCAGGGGGGGUUCCCCCCUUCGGGAGGCCGAGCAGGACAGACUUAACCAUCGUGGCUGAGGAGAGACGAGGCUGGUGGUAGAGAACGAAACGUAGCACGGUCUCGUGGAUUCUGCCUGCACUCUGCGACCAUUCCGCGGUAACGCGUCGUCCAGGUCGCAACGUUCCUGCUCCCCUGACCAUUCGGGCCACGAGGCGAACGAACACGUUCCUACGACGGAUCCGUGGAGGACACCGGAGCCUGCAAGGCUGGAAAAACCGCGAAAAAUCAUCCCGAUCCUGCCAAUUCACGCGCCAAAUAUGGUUCGGCUUCCUUCGAGCGACCGGUGAACGGCGAACAGGACGAGUUUCAAAGGAUGCUCCGAUCGGCGCAACUCUGCUCUAAAGUAAACCUCGGACGAUGAGAAGAUUCGAUGAAGGUCUACGUAGAAGAGAACGGUUCGUACUGGUCACCGAUGUCCGUGGAUCCUACGAAGAACGGAAGUGACAGGAAUCUUGACGGUGUACCAACGGAUAACCGGAUCUUUCUGAAUCGUUAUCGAAUGUGUUUGCUCGUCGCUGCUUCGAGUGACUGUUUUGGAUGACACUUCCGUGAACAGUCGAAUCCAACGGUGAUUUAUUCCGAAGCCCUAAACUCGAUCGUUUGCUAUCGCUUUUACGUAAUUUAUUUAUGUCGUGCCGUGUCAAUAAAUUAUCUAACCGAUGUACCGCACUUUCUAACAUGAAAGUUUUCAUCGCGAUACCUUCAGAAUGAUAAAGUUCUCCUAUCGAUUGAUUCAUCGAAGGUUCUUUUAAAUAAUCGUUCGAGCCUGCGAAAAGAAAACAGGCGUCAAUCUUGAUUCUUGUACAAUAAACGUUUGCAAAAUAUCCGAGUUCUUUGUCCGGUGGAAAGGAGCAAAAUGAGCCGCGAAUCGUGCCGCGUGAUAAACGAUCGAUGGGCAAACGAGGAAACUGGAAAUUCGAAGAACGAUCCGAUGAAAGUAAACCGCCACGGGUCGUUAUCGUCGUCGACUUGAAGAGCAAGUGCUUCUCCUGGAUAAAAAGUGAACCGGUGACUGAUCUCGCCGGGGCAAUAAUUAACUCGUCCUUAACGACUUUGGAUACACCCGGUCCGGAAUGUAAAUGGCGUACUUCAGCACGUCUCUCGGUGGACCGGCCUCGAAUUAUCAGCAAUAAAGUAUCUCGCUGGCGUGUUGAACAAGACAUGACCGGCGGUAGUGCAAGCACCGCUACAUUUGUUGCUGAAUGAGCUGGUCUUCGUCGGUGAUCGUUGAUCCUGCUCCAGCUGGAUGGUACCACGCUGCUUAUAACGAUCGUAAAGGAUCGUUGAUCUAAUAUUUAAAGAAGAUACACGUCCGUCUCGUGUAAUGCUUCGCAAAAUGGCAAUUUGCAGCAGCUUGCUCAUCAUUCUGCGAUUAUUAUUCGUCGUCGCAUCAUCAACGGUACCUGGAACAUGGAUAAACGUGGGCUUGCAACACUUCCCUCAGCUCGAGGUCAGUCAAAUGAUAGAAACGUACGACAUGACAGCGUCCAACAUUUGCCACGGACUGAAGGGUCUUUCGCCGGGUCAAGGGAAGCUGUGCCAGUUAUCCGUGGACCACAUGCCCAGCGUGGCGAAGGGUGCGAAAUUUGGGAUCCUCGAGUGCCAGCAUCAAUUCCGUGACCGAAGGUGGAACUGUUCCACCGUCCCCGACGAAUCUGUCUUUGGACCUAUACUCAGAAUAGCCAGCAGAGAAACCGCGUUCGUUCAUGCAAUUACCGCCGCGGGAGUGGUCUACUCGAUUAGCAGAUCCUGCAGAGAUGGCCAAUUAUCCUCGUGUGGCUGUUCAAGAAGCAGCAGACCCAGAGAUCUAAAAAGAGAUUGGAUUUGGGGUGGCUGCGGGGACAAUCUCGAGUACGGUUACAAAUUUACACAGGCAUUCGUGGAUGUAAAAGAACGUGAAAGAAGUUUCAAAAGGGGUAGCAGAGAACAAGGCCGCAGUCUGAUGAAUCUUCACAAUAACGAAGCUGGUCGCAGGGCUGUUAUUAAAAGAUCUAAAGUAACUUGCAAGUGUCAUGGAGUUUCUGGAAGUUGCAGCUUAAUUACUUGUUGGCAGCAACUUGCAUCGUUUCGAGAAAUCGGUGAUUUUCUUCUGGAUAAAUAUGAUGGAGCGACAGAGGUCAGAGUAAAUAGACGCGGCCGCUUGUCUAUGAGAGAUCCAAGAUUUUCUUUACCUACAGCGAAUGAUUUGGUUUAUUUGGAUGACUCUCCAAAUUACUGUCUUCCUAACGAGACACUUGGAUCUUUAGGUAAAAUAAUUUCAUCAUUCGUGCCACUUUUCAAAUCCACACAAGCAUGGCACACAUGGAAGAAUUUGCAACCGAACAUCAUCCGGCAUGGAUGGAUGCAAUCUUCUUUGCUGCGGUAGAGGGUAUAAUACACAGAAAUCAACUGUAAGAGAAAGAUGUGAAUGCAAGUUUCAUUGGUGUUGCCUCGUCGAAUGCAAGACUUGUGUUAAAAAUAUAGACAUUCAUUCGUGUAAAUAAAAUCCAAGUCAGUCUUACUAACACUUUUUGUAAUUUCAGAUAAACUUAAAUUAAUAAGAAAUAUUAUAGUAACACUGUAUAUAUGCACACGUACGUGUUUAGUGAAGUACCUUAGCAUACUUAUGAUACAAGUAAUUUCUAGAAGAUUUCUAGCUAUUUUUUAUUUUUUAUUUCUAUUUACAAUCAAUAUUUUUUCUGACAGUUAAAUAAAUUCUGUGAAACUAAUAAUUUGUUAUAUUUUGAAUUCUAGCUUACUUAAAAAUAUUAUUCAUAACUUUAUAAUGAAAUAAUUUAUUAAUUUAUAAACAUAUUAAUCAAUAUAUUAAGUGGCCUAUUAAAUGUGUACACAAAACCAUUUGUAUUGUGCUCAAAUAGUUAUGUAAUCUUUAAAACAGCAUUUAUCUGAAACCAAAUCAACACUUUAAAAUGACUGAAUCUGUG